CAACGAAAUUGCGUGGAAACUAAUCUACUACUCAGCCAAACAAAUUACUUAAGGAAGCCCCCUUUUGCCUUUGCCAUACACUCCCAAGUCCCACCCUUUCUCUCUCAUUUCAUUUAUUUUUGUUUGGCAAAAAUAUAAAGCUUUUGUAGUGAGAAGCAACAUAUAUGGCUGGAGUGAAGGUGGUGGGUUGGGCCGCGGUGGUUCUGGUGGUGGUGGCACUGACGAUGGGCCUUUCAGGAGCCCAAGUUCACCACGUGGUUGGUGGAGACCCUGGCUGGGACUCUUCUUCCGACGUCCCGUCUUGGUCCUCCGGCAAAACCUUUAGGGUCGGAGAUAAGAUCUGGUUUACCUACUCCGCGGCGCAGGGUAGUUUAGCUGAGCUGGGAAGCAGGGAGGAAUAUGAGGCGUGCGAUUUGAGCAAUCCCAUCAGGUUGUUCACGGACGGCCUAGAUGUCAUCUCCCUGGAGGCGGAAGAAGUCCGCUACUUCGCGAGCAGCAGCACUGAGCAUUGCAAGAACGGCCUCAAGUUACACGUGGACGUGCAGCCUCAGCAGAACUAUUCUGGAAUUGGAAUUCUUCAAGAAACUUCAUCAGAAGAACAUGAACCCUUGGCCCAAAAAGCUACCCUCGCUGCUGGGCCCACAUCUCCAUCUGGAUCGGCCCAGUUAAGCCCAAGCCCUGUUCUGUUUGUGUUUGGAUUACUGGGCAUCCUCAUGAUCCGUUUUUAAGAUGUAGUACCCCAUAGUUUGCUUUCCCUUGUGCUUUCUUAGGGACAGGAUUAAGUACUUUUUUGUUAUUGUUUUUUUUGUUUUGUUUUUUAAGAUGUUUUUUUUUUGGUGUGUUAUCCUUGUUUUGGUGUUGCUUUUAGAGCCCUUCAUGGAUGGCCUAUUAUGAAUUUAUGUAAUGGGAUUUUGCUCGAUUUCCAUGCAAAAAUCCUACCAAGUUAAGGCACUACUACUUGUGAGGGGAAUUAAAAAUUAAAAA